AUGACGUUCUGCUUCAUUCUCGCAUUGCAGUGGGGUGGAACGCAGUAUGAUUGGGCUGAUUACUUGUGCGUAGAGCACAAGGCGGGGGAGACGGCCAUGGUUCCACUGACAAUGCAUCGUUCACGAAGCGUCAGCUCUGCCAGCCUUGGGACCUUUUGUAACUUUGCGGCAUUACGGGCUGUCUCCUUCUAUGUGAUACGUGGCGCAUCCACUCUAGGUUCUGGUCUUAUGUGCCUUCCCACGGCUGUCUCCAUGUCUUUCUUCGCCCUGUUCGGUGGACCCGUCACGACUUAUAUCGGCUACUACAGCCCUGUCCUGCUACUCGGAACAUCUCUCUCAGCCAUCGGAACCGGCCUCCUCACUACCCUUCACCCCCACUCAUCCGCUGGCCGAUGGAUCGGCUUCCAGGUCACCUACGGCAUGGGUAUCGAAAUGAGUUUCCAGCCGCCAUUUCUCGCAGUGCAGACGGUUCUCGAAGGCGCCAAGAUACCCAUGGCGCUGGUGCUUCUGAGCUUCACACAAACUUUCGGUGGCAUAAUUGUGCUGUCGGUGGCGCAGAACGUCUUCCCGAGCAGACUGGCUGGCGAUCUCGUCGCUAGUGUGCCGCAAGUGGACCCAAAUAUUGUGCUGCAACAUGGUGCUAUUGGGCUGAUCGAUGUCGUCCCGAUGCGGUAUCGCGAUCUGGUUUUGACUGCCUACAAUAGCGCUAUCGUGGAUGUCUUCUACAUUACCCUGGGCCUUUCGUGCUUGUCUGUGCUGUUUGCACUCGGCAUUGAGUGGAAAUCUGUCAAGAAUGGCGAAAGUACGGAGGGGACCACAUCCAAGAUAGAUGGGUGA